AGUGUCUCCCUACACAAGACAUUAAUUUGUUUAAUCUUGUUGCAAAACCGGAAAACAAACACUGACAACAUGGUUGAAUGGACAGACGCAGAGAAGAGCACCAUCAGUGCUGUCUGGGGCAGAGUAGAUAUCAAUGAGGUCGGACCACUGGCUCUGGGAAGAGUCCUGAUCGUCUACCCCUGGACUCAGCGUUAUUUCGGCUCUUUCGGAGAUGUGUCCACUCCCGCAGCAAUCAUGGGCAACCCCAAAGUUGCUGCUCACGGCAAGGUCGUGUGUGGGGCUCUGGAUAACGCUGUGAAGAACAUGGGCAACAUCUUGGCCACAUACAAGUCACUGAGCGAGACCCACGCUAACAAACUCUUCGUCGACCCUGACAAUUUCAGGGUGUUGGCUGACGUCCUCACAAUUGUCAUUGCCGCCAAGUUCGGAGCCUCUUUCACUCCUGAAAUUCAGGCAACCUGGCAGAAGUUCAUGAAAGUGGUUGUCGCAGCCAUGGGCAGUCGGUACUUCUAAAUGCACCCCAGACAAGUGAUUAAGUUAUGACAUCCCUGCCUCAGUAAAAAUAAAGACAUUGAAACAAA